AUGGUUUCAUACUUCAACACACAAGGACUUGAUAUUGUUCCAACACAAUGUCCCCGUGUUACCCGAUGGGCAAGGCUCCGUCUUCCAAACGGACAAAUCGCACGAUCAAGCUGGAAAGAGAAUGAUAUGACGCGCAUGCCACGCAUGGCACGUAACGUCAAGCUUUUUCUCAACGAACGAACACAUUUUGGCGAAGUUCAAUUUUAUUUUCAGAUCCACGUCAACAACAUCAUCAAGACUCUUGCUCUCGUUUCAUUAUAUUCACCACCCAACUACCAACUUCUCCAAGAAUCGUACCAUACAUUAUACUCAUGCACGUAUCAAGGGAACGAUGCACUCAAACUUGUCGAUGUGUCUACAAUUCAGUCUGUUAUAGCAAUGGUGCCCCACAAGCUCCCUGGUAGUCUGGAGCUCCGUUUUUUCCUAGUCGAAAAACCAGGACUUGAUGUCGCACAAAUCGCAGGCCAUGUUGAUAACGACGAAGAUGGUGACGAGGAUGAGGAUCUUUGGAUUGACUAG